AUGAAUUAUCUAGUGAUUUUAAAAGUACUAUUUUUCACCAAACUUUACCAAUCAACCUUUUUACUUAUUUUAUAUAAAUUUUGGAAAAGCGUAAUACGUAUUUAUAAUAACACAACAGAACUUUCCCGAAUUUGUGUUAGUAGUGCAAAAGAACUUGGGCUUUCAACAGAAUUCGAUGAAGUAGAAGAGGAUUUGGGAUCGGGGUCAGAGUCAGAUGAAGGUUGUGAAGGUGAUAGAAUACCAAUGUUACCAAGAAUUGCCUCUUUUUCUUCUGUUUCCUCGGAAGAAUUUUCAAUACCAGUUGAGUCUGUAUAUCGUGUUGGUAAGUGA